AUGUUUCUAAAUUUUAGAGGCUGUGGAAGCAGGCGAAAGUAUGACCCAUCUGCACAACACCACUUUCAACGAGUUGGCACAAAUUGGACAUUGGAAAACCGGCUUGGAACAAUAAAUGGCGUGCUGGGAAGAGACGAUGCGAGAAGCCUUGAAGACAUUGGCUACUCUUAUUCAUCCGACCUAGAAGGGUCUGUUAUUUUCGGAAUGGCUACUAAUAUGACAGGGCAUGAGGAUCUGUACGCGGACGGAAUGCUCGGACUUUCAAAUGCUGCUACUGGUGCGGCUAACGAACCAUUCAUCUAUCAGCUCAGACGUAAAUAA